CCUGUCAAAUUUCAAGUUUGGUAAAUAAAUUAUUUAUAAAGCAAUGGGUAAGAAAUUCUGCUAUUCAGAGCAAAAGGCAGCAACUCAGGCGAAACCGCGGAUUGCAAAUAGAAAGAGUUACCGCCAGGGAAAUCGGGAUCAAUUGGAGAAGGAUCCGGAUGCCGAGGAGGAGAAGAAGGAGGAUGAGGGCGAUGAGGACAUGGAAAAUCCAGAGCAGCCACAGCAGGUAAAUGGAGGAGUGGUGGGUAACCUGGCCAAUGGCUACUUGAAGUUGGUCGACCAAAUCCAGGCUCGUCUCUGCCCUCCACCGCCUCCUGUAGUCGAAGUCCAGGUCGAAGAAAAACGCGAGGUGGGUGGAGAGAUCCCUGAAAAUCCACUCGUGGAAGAGGAAAUCUCAGAGUCUUCGGAGGAUACCACUCGACCUUGCAUUGGCUUUGUGGAUCUGUUUCGGCGCAGUCUUCAUUUCGAGUGCUUGGGGAUACCCCUCACUCCCUUGGAACUGUUCUCCAUGGAAUGUCGGAGAAGGGAGGAAUUGAAGGGUAGAUUUGCAUCUGGCUCAGAGGAUCGGAAUCCAUCGAAAAUAUCACAGAAAGAGUUGAAGAAACCUAAAGAAGAUCUAUCUAAUACAGCUAUUCCCAUACUUCGCAGAGUGUCUCCUCCACCCGAAACGAGAAAUCCUGUAAAAAAUAACAUGGAAACCCCUCAGCAUAAAAGUGACCCAGAAGGUAUACUUGAAGAUGGAAAUAAGUCGUUAAAUUGUUCAAGCAUAGAGUUAGCAAAGUAUUCGCCCAAGUUUCAGAGUCGAUUUUAUGGAAAAUAUCCCAAUCAAAAUAUGGCAAAAAAACUAGUCAAGAGAUGUUCUUCCCAAAAUCUACAAAAAUUUCCUGAACCAUUUUUUAAAUCUGCUCUUGACUCCUUUCGAUUGCCAGGAAAAGAUCCAAUCCAAAAUCCAAUUGUUAAGACGACAUCCCGAGCCUCUGUUAAAUUUCCAGAGCAAACUCAAGCUCGAUAUUCUAUACCAUCUCGAAGGUGUGCUAAAUUUCCUGUUCAAAGUCCAAGCAAAAUUCUAGGGAAACUAAAAUUGCCCAGCAAACGUCAGUCUGGUGAUCCAUUUCAUUCCAAUCAAAGUGCGAAAAAGAAACCCGUUGACUGCAAAAAAAACAGGGAUAUGGAACCCAGUGGCUCUAUAAAAUCCCCCAUACUCAUCAAGCAAAACGAAGAAUCCAAGAAGAAUGUCACAAUUAAUAGAAGAAAUUUAUCGAAAGCAUCAUUAAGUCCACGCUGGAUACCUUGUAGGCGGGAAAGCAAGCUUCAUCGAUCGAUUUCUCGCAAUGAUUGCCGAACUAAUGAAUCUCCCAGACUAAAACGACCCAAAACCUUGACUUUGAAGACCCUUUUAUCGCCCAGGCCACUGAAAGACUGCCAUAGCAGUGGCAGUGAGGGGUUCAAGAACAGGAGUCAACUGAUUGGUUUCAAGGGUGCGAAAACCCCCGAUCCGGUGAAGAGUUCUUCUUUGGAGAAUUUCGAUGAACGCUUGAAGACCCUGCUGAGAAGUGAGCCCAAGAAAUCGUGCCUGAAGAAGUCGGACGAUGCCGAGCGACUGGUUCCCCUGCACUCCACGGAUACCUUUGCGGAGGUGUGGCGAAAGACGGGUUUGGGCAAUGGCUAUAGGGACGAAAAGCUGCGGAUGGGUGGACUUUAUAGUCGGGGGGCGAAGCUAAAGUUCCAGCCAAUAGAUCGACUAGAUGCCGGAUGUGCGGGCACGCCACUUUUCAGGGAAUCCGAUGAAACGCUGGAGAGGACCCAGUACUUUGUCACCGAGUUCGAUAAACUGAGUCGAGCGGAGAGAGUGCAGGACCUUGAAUUGCGGAUGGGUCAAUUGCGUUUGCUGCAGUCCACCUCGGAUCGGGAGUAUCGCCGGCAUUUCAGGGAGCAGAAGAAUAUAUUCAGGCCCGUGUUGACGAACUCCGUUAAGUUCGGAUGUCCUUUGAAUCACGACGACUGUCCGGCCGUAAUGAAUGCCACUCUACUGAGUCACUUUGUGAACCAGCAUUUGAACGAGCCCGGCAUCGAACUACGUGAGAUUUUCGAAAGCGAACGCAUGCUGAUUAUCUUCAGUCCCCGAGCCUUUCAGUUGGGCAAGAACACCUGCAUGUCGGUGAUUGUGUACGGUGGAGUACGGAAUAAGCCAUGCACCCUGCCUGCGGCCAGAUUUAUGCCCACCCAGAAUGUCCAGUUGCCGGAGCCCUACGUCCGUUACUCUGGACACCUGCCGCUGUUCGUGAUGAUCUGCCGGAAUCGAUUGAGCAGCCUGGAGGGCAGGAAGGUGCGAUUCGAGGGAGUGGACGACAAGGAUGCCGUGGCCCUGUGGAUGGCCAGCAUGGAUCUGCCGCAGCCCAUACAUGUGGUGAUGACCGUACUCAACCGCCGACUGGACAUCACCCGGAGUUCGAUCAUGAAGGUGAGGGGAAUCCACAAGUCGCACGAUUGCCAGGAGUUCAUGCCGUCGAGCAAGCAGUAUAUGCGACUCAGCGAUCAGGACCUGCGGGUCCUCACCAACGAUCACACGGAACCGCUUUACAUGGAGAUCACUGUGAAGGAGUAUGCCGGAAUAUUUCCCUGCCGGCACUCACUACCCAGCAAAGGAGUCAACUGAAAAGGAAAUGAUUAUUAGAUAUACACUUUAAUCCCAUUCCUAUGCUUGCAUAUAGCUAAAAUACCUUUAUACUAUCUUAUAGCAAU